AUGAGCUCAGCCCGCUGGCAGCCGACCCUGAGACCCCCACCAACAGCACGGCCCUGGGGGAACGCGGGGCUGAGCUGCGGGAUGGGUCCCCACCGCCAGAGCUGCGUCCUGCACAGGUGGGUGGCGCCGGGUGAUGGGGGGCACAUGGAGGACCCUGGUGGGGACGCAGCGGAGGAGGGGGGACAGAUCGCAGCAAAAGAGGAGGGGGGUGGAGGUGACAGGGAAGGGAACAACGGAUGGAGCAGAACUGAGCUGGGGCUUGAGAAUGGAGCAGCAGAAGCAGUGCUGGCUCCAGGUGGGGGAGAGGAGGUGGAUGGAGCACCAAAGCAGAGUGAGGAGGGGGACUCCCAACUUCCUUUAGAGGGGUCUCCAGUGCCAGAAGGACCCCUCCAGGAGCCCACGGAGACCCCACUCCCUCAGGAGUCUGUCCCUAACGUUCUCCCAACCCCAAUGGCUGCCCCUGAGGUUCCUCCAACCCCAAUAGCUGCCCCUGAGGCUCCUCCAACCCCAAUGGCUGCCCCUGAGGUUCCUCCAACCCCAAUGGCUGCCCCUGAGGUUCCCCCAACCCCAAUGGCUGCCCCUGAGGUUCCUCCAACCCCAAUGGCUGCCCCUGAGGCACCUCCAACCCCAGCGGCCACCACAGAGGCCACAGACCCCCACCCACAGGCGGGUCACACCCCCACUCCCCAAGGAGCAGCAGCCCCUGACCCUUCUCCCACCCCUUCUCCCCCCCAGAGGCCGUGCCACCCCCCCCCCGGGGGCCGUCCUGCGCCGCGAUGGCAGCGCCCCGGUGCGCCUGGCGUCCCGCCCUGUGCGGGUGCAGCAGGCCCGCUCCGUCCCCGUCGUGCCCCCCCAAAGCCUCAGUUCGCCAUCGUGCCCCCCACCCUCCAACCCCACCCCCCCCGCAGCAGAGGGCCGCAGGGCGAAUUGGUGUUACGGUGGCAGCAUCUCCUUUGACGCCGCCAUGUUGGAUGCUGCCGCCGAGGCGGCCAUCGGUGCGCCGGAUUCAGACCUAUGGCGGAGGGGAGCCGCCCGCCGCCCCCCCACAGCCCCUGCCCUUCCAGAAGGCCCCCAUGAGGCCGCGGCUGCUGCGGCCCCACAGCUGCAUGGCUGCCCCACAGGGCCGUGGGUCGGGCCAAGAUGGCGGGACGAGUCCCAAACAGAGAGCUGAGGGCACGGCAGGAGAGCGCUGAGGAUGGGGGGGCCGCGGGGUG